CCCCAAAAAUAAAUAAAUAAAUAAAUGGAGGUAGCUAAGUUGAGUCUGGUUUUUCUCAUCUUCUUCUACAACAUUGCCACCUUAAUUCCCAGCCUUAGAGCAGACAUUGGUGAAUUCGAUGAGGUUUGGCAAAAGCGUGCAGAAGAAGCUUGGAAGAACGCCCUCCAGGCUUACAAUCCCCAUCCUGAAGAAGUCACAUCUAGCCUUAACAAUCACGUUAACAAAGCUAUAGAGGCAAGCACUAACACAACAGAUACUACCGGUGCCAUUAAUUAUGGAUUUGAAGAUGAUGAUCUCAACGGAGUAAACAACACCGUCGUCAGCAGCCGGAGGCACUUGAGGGGCCGACAUAGAGGGAGAAGGAGUCUGUACAAUGGUCGAUGCAUGGCCACCAACCCGAUCGACCGGUGCUGGCGGUGCCGAAAAAACUGGGCCAAGGACCGUAAGCGUCUGGCCAAUUGCGCUCUGGGUUUCGGCCACCAAUCACAGGGAGGAAAGGAUGGAAGGUACUAUGUUGUCACGGACAAUUCCGACGACGACGUUGUGAACCCCAGGCCGGGAACCCUCCGGUGGGGUGUAAUUCAGAAGGAGCCGCUAUGGAUCAUAUUUGCCCACGACAUGAACAUCAAGCUGACUCAGGAAUUGAUGGUCACGGACAAGAAGACGAUCGACGGUCGCGGCGCUAACGUCCACAUUGCUUUCGGUGCCGGAAUUACCAUUCAGUUCGUGAAAGAUGUGAUCAUCCACAACAUCCAUAUCCACAAUAUCGUUAGAACUAACGGUGGCAUGAUUCGGGACUCAGUGGAUCAUUACGGGCACCGAACUGCGAGCGACGGCGAUGGGAUUUCGAUUUUUGGGUCGAGUAAAGUUUGGCUGGAUCACCUCUCCAUGUCGGAGUGUAGCGAUGGACUGAUUGAUGCCAUCAUGGGUUCCACCGCCAUCACCAUCUCCAAUUGCCACUUUACCCAUCACAACGAUGUGAUUCUUCUGGGGGCGAGCGAUACCUACACUAAAGAUUCGAUUAUGCAGGUGACAGUCGCAUUCAACCAUUUCGGAAAGGGACUGAUACAGAGGAUGCCGAGGGUCAGAUGGGGUUUCGCCCACGUAGUCAACAACGACUACACCCACUGGCAAAUGUACGCCAUUGGUGGUAGCGGGCGACCCACUAUUAUAAGCCAGGGAAAUCGGUUCAUCGCUCCAGAUGACAGGAGGGCAAAGGAGGUGACGAAGAGGGAUUACGCCACGGAAGCAGUGUGGAAGAACUGGUUAUGGCGAUCGGACGGAGAUUUGUUCAUGAACGGAGCAUUCUUUGUGCCUUCUGGACGGACAAACACCAUGAAACUUCCGUAUAACAACCUUCAGAUGAUAAAAGCGAAGCCAGCAUCCUUCGUUCGAAGGCUUACUAGGUUCGCCGGUGCACUAGACUGCAGGCCAGGGAGAAAGUGUUAGAAAUUCUAACUGUUUUGUACAAUUAAAGGCAGCACGUAUUU